GCUGUUUGUGAGCGCAGAGGAGGGGAAGAAACGGCUGAUAAAUGCACGAGCGCGCCUGUUACGCACGGUGCGUCUCCAUCAUGACGUCGUGAAUUAGCUCAAGAUUGUAGAGAGGGGGGGUGAGAGGAGAAGGAGAGUGUGGUGAAUCGUCGGCUCUGUGUGCUGUGCUCUAACUCCCCCUUUAAAAAAAAAGGAUUUUUAUUUUAUUUUUGUUCCGUUCUUCUUUUUGACAAAUGCAAUACAGGGAAGGCGGGCGUGCUGCUUUUGUGCCAUACCGUUCACGCGUGGAGCACCCCGCAUAUUUACUGUAAAGCCAUAUCGACAGAGCCAUACAGCCGCCGCAAAGAUGCAGAUUUCUACCAAAUAAUCGGACUUUUCCUCGGAGGGUCCCUGCCGGAGGACUCGCCGCUGUCUGGGAAUCCAGAAAUGGGGCGGCUAUUGUUUCUGAUUAUUCUCUGCACUCUUCCAUCUUCAGUUGUGCCCAUACAUAAUUCAUCAGCGGGAGGCUGCGCCAUCAUCCGACCUCCGAGGGACGGCGGGAUCCGCUACCGAGGCCUGACGCAGGAGCAGAUCCGCAGCGUGCAGAUCCUGCCGGUGGAUUAUGAGAUCGAGUACAUCUGCAGAGGAAACCGGGUGAUCGUUGGACCAAAGGUCAGGAAGUGCUUGGCCAACGGCACAUGGACGGACAUGACGCUGCCCAGCACAUGCUUGCUGCUGUGUCCGCGGGUGUGGACCUCUCUGGAGAACGGCAGGGUGACGGCAAAUCCCCCAGGACCUCCGGUGGAAGGGACGGCGCUCCAUUACAGCUGCCACGCAGGCUUCAUCCUGGAAGGGAGAAACAUCAGCCACUGCACCAAGCUGGGCAAGUGGGACGCGCCUAAACCCACCUGCCUGUACGACAGAAACUAUACAGGCAAGAAGAAGCUGUACAUCGGAGCGCUGUUCCCCAUGAGCGGGGGCUGGCCCGGAGGGCAGGCAUGCAUGCCCUCCGCUCAGAUGGCUCUGGACCUGGUGAACAACAGGAGCGACAUCCUGCCGGACUACGAGCUGGAGCUCAUCCACUACGACAGCAUGUGUGACCCAGGAGAAGCCACCAAGCUGCUGUAUGACCUGCUCUACACCGAGCCCAUCAAGAUUGUGCUGAUGCCCGGCUGCAGCGGCGUUUCCACGCUGGUUGCUGAAGCUGCUCGUAUGUGGAACCUCAUAGUGCUGUCAUAUGGCUCCAGCUCGCCCGCCCUGUCCAACCGCCAGCGCUUCCCCACCUUCUUCCGAACGCACCCCUCCGCCACCCUGCACAACCCCACCAGGGUGCAGCUCUUCCAGAAGUGGAAGUGGACGCGCAUCGCCACCAUCCAGCAGACCACAGAAGUCUUCACCUCCACGCUGGAUGAUCUGGAGCAGAGGGUGAAGGAGGCAGGCAUCGAGAUCAGCGUUCGUCAGAGUUUCCUCACCGACCCGGCUGUUGCUGUCAAGAACCUCAAGCGCCAGGACGCCAGGAUCAUCGUGGGGCUCUUUUACGAGACCGAAGCCAGGAAGGUGUUUUGUGAGGUGUACAAGGAGAAGCUGUACGGAAAGAAGUACGUCUGGUUCCUGAUCGGCUGGUAUGCUGACAACUGGUUUAAGAUCAAAGAUCCGGCGAUCAACUGCACAGCCGAGAACAUGGCGGAGGCUGUGGAGGGUCACGUGACCACCGAGAUCGUCAUGCUGAACCCAGAGACCGUCCGCGGGGUCUCCAACAUGACGUCGCAGGAGUUUCUUGCUGCCUUGAUGUCCCGUCUGGGGGGGAAGAACCCGGAGGAGACCGGUGGCUUUCAAGAAGCCCCUUUAGCCUAUGACGCAGUGUGGGCUCUGGCUCUGGCUCUCAAUAAGACCGUGGCACCUCUGAAGGCCAGAGGUCGACGCCUGGAGGACUUCAACUACAACAACCACGACAUCACGUCCGAGAUCUACAGAGCGCUCAACACCAGCUCCUUUGAAGGGGUUUCGGGCCAGGUGGUGUUUGACGCUCAGGGUUCCAGGAUGGCAAUGACCCUCAUCGAGCAACUGCAAGGUGGCAGUUAUAAGAAGAUUGGUUACUACGACAGCUCGCAGAAGAACCUCUCCUGGUUUGGGAACGAUGUGUGGAUAGGGGCGGGGCCUCCAGCAGAUCGGACAGUAGUUAUUGAGGAGUACAGGUUCCUGUCUCAGAAGCUGUUUGCAGCCGUGUCCGUCUUUGCCGGCCUUGGUAUUCUGCUCGGCAUUGUUUGCCUGACCUUCAACAUCUAUAACGGCAACGUACGCUACAUCCAGAACUCCCAGCCCUACCUGAACAACAUGACGGCGGUGGGCUGCAUGAUGGCGCUGGCUGCAGUGUUUCCGCUGGGGAUCGACGGCCACCACGUCCACAGAUCACAGUUCCCCGUCGUCUGCCAGUUUCGCCUGUGGCUCCUGGGCCUCGGCUUCAGCCUGGCGUACGGUAGCAUGUUCACCAAGAUCUGGUGGGUUCACACCCUCUUCACCAAGAAGGAUGAGAAGAAGGAGAAAAAGAAGCAGCCCUUGGAGCCGUGGAAACUCUACGCAACAGUUGGAGUUCUGCUGGGCAUCGACUUCCUGUCGCUGGUGAUCUGGCAGGGCGUGGAUCCCCUGCACAUCACCGUGGAGAAAGAGGAGCGGGUGUCUGCGCUGCGCAACCAGCUGGCCGAGCGGCAGGCUCUGCGAAACCGCCGCCGACCCUCCUCUGGCCAGAAUCAGAACCACAACGCCCAGGCCGACCCCAAGUCGCUGCUUCCCCCACCGGGCUACCCGAACCCCACCAUGGAUAAUCACUCCAUGCCGCCCUCCUUCUCCAACUCGUCCAAUCUCUACCCAGCGGAGAGCAAGAUGGGUCGCAACCACUGUCACAACAGCCAGAUCCCUCUGCUGUACAAGUAAAAAACGCGAGGGCGGGGCCUCAAGGUGCGCACACGGGUGGGGUUGGGGACACGAAACACAACGUGACACUGUGACUUUCACUUCUUUCGGGUGGAGCACGCAGAGGUGCGACGUAAACACAAUGAGAACACGGCAGCUGUGGAGGAAGCCACGCUCGUCCUCACAGCUUUGAUCUCACUGCGUUCAAGCCGAAAACAAAAGCACAUCUCUGAGGAGCAGCACGACACCUCCAGCAAACUUUGGAGUGCCUCCUCAUCCGUUAUCUGCUUAUGUUGUGGAGACACCACAUGGAGGAGGAGGAGGUGGAGGAACCGUGUUUGUGUCUUUGGUAUUUCAUCUUUCGUCCUUCGAGUUUGUCGAUUUCACUUUGUGGUUUUUAUUGUUCUGUAAUGAUUGAUCUAUUUGUCAUGAGGUUCUUCUGAACUGUCUGACAGAAGAAGAAGAAGCUCUGCGGAGCAGCAGACUCACGCAGAAGUGAAAUAGCCAUAACCUACAGGCCAGAGAGCUUCGCAUGUGUGGUGUCGGGGCUGUGUAUUGAGUACUGCAUUUUAAUGACCUUUACCGAUGUUCGCUUAACAAACUGUGUCGAAGAGGAACAGCUGGACGCCUGCAGAGAAAAGUUUGGAUCCUUAUGAAAGUUGAGGUAUUUGUUUUUGUAGAACGAAAGAAAAAAAUCUCCCAAUUCUUGUUUGGAGGAUUUUCACCCCACCCUCCCGUCGCCGUCGUCGCCGCCGCCUGCAUUUUUGGUGAAUCUUUGGUCCCAUACUGUUCCAAAGCAAUACUGGACUCAUUUCCACCGCACACCCCUGCGGUUCAGGCUGGAGAAGCAUCUGCUGACAAUAGAAAAAUGCCGCAGUUUAUGCAAAAGCACAUCCGCGCAGACAGACGUCUUAACAUUUCAGGUUCCAAAUGUGUGAGGCACAAUUACUUUGUGAUAAUCAUCACAAUCUUCACAGACUCAGCUUGUAAAAGGGAAACUUUACAUCAGAAUGGGUAUAGUCUGUCUCUCCUUCCUGUUUUUGCAAAAAUAGUUACCCCCCCAGCUGAAAUUUCAAGCCACUUCCUGAUUUCCUGCUUUAAAAUAAGGGCCUUUCCUGCAGGUAUUUAGAGAAAGCACAGUUUUUCCUUGAGAUUUCUUACCUGGAACCUGUUUCUCGUCAUUCUUGUGAGCAUUUUUUUUCUUUUAAUUUCUAUGUGACAAUCGAGAAUGAUAGCAGACUUUUUUCUUUUCUUUUGAGGUCUUCAAAUAAAUCGCGAUGUUUUGAAAGGUGAACAAAGAGUAACACAAGGAACCGUUUAUAUAUCCAGCAGUUAAUCUGAAUGCUCUAUUUCAUUCAUGACCUACGAAGCAAUGAUGCCUAAAGAGCUCGAUCGGCGGGUAAAAUGACAAAUGUUUCAGUAUCUGUUAAGCUAUAUUCAUCUGAUGGAGCACUUUAUCCUGAAAUGAUCACACAUUAUAGUUCGAAAGCUCAGGGUUUUGAGGCACAAUGGUCAACUGGAAUGAAUGAAACAGGCCAUUUUAUUAACUCUGCAGAACAUGGACUACAUAGUGUAACAUAUGAAUGCAGAAAUAUAAAAAAAGUUCUAUUAUCUUGCACAUAUAUGUUAAUAUACAUGGAUUGUGGGGAUAUUUGUAUUCACUAUCUAUGAUCUUUAAUGUUAUUUCAGAGUAUGUGUAUGCAAGUAUAUGGGAAAAGUGAAUAAAUUCAAUGUUUUUUCACUCGA